AUGCCCACGCCAGGCGCCAUGCGAACAGCCUCGGCUGUGCCGGAUCGAUGGUCGUGUGCCUGUCUAAAUGUACGCAUAGCUGGCACGGCAACGCCUGAAAACGAUACGCAGUGGCCAUGGAAGGUCACGCUAGAUGAACGCCAAGGUCUCUCGAUGUCCUUGCCAAGCCUUAUCAAAACAGCCACGGUGCAGCCACGGGAUGGACACGAACAGGAGCAUGCACCCUUAACGUCUGUGCAGUGUGGAAUCUGCCACCAGAGCGUGUUUCUCGCACAGUACCCUACUGACGAGGCGGAGAGCGACAUGUGGACACACCCCGUUGAUAAGACGGUAUGGGUCUCGUCGGCCUGUCUUCAGAACGAGGCGAUAGAGUCGCGAAAGUCGCAGUCCCAGUUCUCUGACUUGUUCAACGUGGUCUUACCCAUCUCACAUGCACAGAGUGAAGCGACGAUGCUCUUAGAGAUACCCACGACAGAGCUGCAAAACGUGCCAUCGUUCCUUCCCGCCAUUUCCACGCAAGUAUGGGAGCAAAUGGUACCCUCCAAAGCCUCGGCAGAUGUGACGCAGGACCUCUUGCAGCAUGCCCAAACAUCGCUGGAGAUGCGCCGGUCCGCUCUGGUGCAGGACAUUCAAGAGUUCAUUCAGGCCAAGCAAAAAGAACUGCAAAGCCUCUGGGAGAGAUCUGUCACAGACGUCAAAACCGUACUGGAGUCAAUUGAUAUGGUGCCCAAGCCUGUGACGUCGCAACUCCACGCGAGCCCAGCGAAGCCCGCCUCUGCAGCGCCUACGACUGGUCCACAAAAUAUGUUCGCCAAGCGCCACAUUACGAAUGAUGCAUCAGACCUUUCCAAAACGAUGGGCGGGCUAAGCAUGUCUCUCUCGCGCAUGGGCAGAGACCCACGCAGUGUACAGACGACACCGACCAAGCCACUCAGCCGCGAAGUGUCAAUGGAACGUCGCACGAUGGAGGAGAUGGAAGAGCAGACGAUUCGGAAGUCCAUGCAUUCACGUAAAGUCAUGUUUACACAGCACGAGAGUGAGGAAGACGUUGCUCAUGAAGAACAUGAAACAGGGGAGGAGGACCAUGUCUUCGAUAUCGACGAAGACCUGGAGGCCAAGCAUCUGUCUGACGACAAGGCGCCGGCAGUAUUGGAACCCCCUGUGGCCACAGAAGAAGAGCGACCUAUCAAAGACGAACUGGCAACGAGCCUACUCCACAGUGGCAUGGCUACAUCGUUCUCUGCGAUCCCUCAGACAAUGGAAUGGCAGAAGAAAAGGGAGGAUACGCACCUCCGAGGCCCGUACGAUCUGGCUGACCCCAGCUACAUGGCACGCACCUUGCACCCACAAGAUACGAAGCGGGAGAGCAGCAAAGCCCCGUUGUUGCAUCCAGACCAUGAUGAAGACUUGGCACUAGCGGGAGCCGCCUUGGCCAAUGCGCCUUCGCAUCGACGUAUGCACCCCAUGCCGGCCAUGCCUCUGGCGGCAAGCAAGAACAUGCAUAGUGCGUCGGUGGCAUGGCGUCAGCGUAGUGCGAACCACGAUGAUACCCUUACGCUCGCCCGCUCUGUGCCAUCUCAUUCAGCGAUGCCGAUUCACAAGCCAGCGCCGCAGCGCGACGUGUACUAUGGCCUGGAUCGCGAGCCCAAAACCAGUCUGCCGUACCAUGAAAAGCGUAUGGUCCCAUCGCUGCUUAAAGCAGUUCGUGCACAGCGCACGCCAUCGUCGCAAGGUCUGACUAUGCCGACGACCGACCGCCGCAGUGUUACUCAGACGACACGUACGACUGGAUUCCGUGUGCCUAACACACAUAUGGCAGCGGAGGAAACCAUGCAAGCCCAGCGAGCGCGUGCGGCCCCGCAAGGAUCCACCACGAUCGACCUGCCACCGCUACCGGAAGUGCCAAGCACGCAUAUCCGACUUGAUCCGUCGCCAGAACUAGCGCCGCGGGCCAUUGAGAACUUGCAGUUUACGUGCACAGAUACAGAUGAUAAGACACUCAACAAGCUUCUGUACUUUAUGCACUACUUACAGAACCUCAAGCUGCUGAAACGUACUGGUUGGUAUCACCACAAUGUGCCAGCGCCGGAAUCCAUUGCGGACCACAUGUAUCGCAUGGCCGUCCUCGCCAUGCUACUGGAGGAUGACAAGGUGGAUGUGCGUAAAUGUGUGAUGAUGGCGCUCGUGCACGACCUAGCAGAGGCACUGGUGGGAGACCUGACGCCCUUGUGCAAAGUGGACAAAGAAGACAAGCAGCGCCGUGAGCUCAAAGCCAUUCAGUUCCUUACGCAGGACUUGCUCGGCGAUACACAUGCAUCACAGUGGCUGUUGACGCUGUGGAAUGAGUAUGAGCACCGCUCCAGUGCCGAAGCGAAAAUCGUCAAGGACCUGGACUGCUUUGAACUGUGUCUUCAAGCGUACGAGUACGAAAAAGCCCAUGGCAUCAAGGACCUUCAGCCGUUCUGGGAUGGCGCUGCGCCGAAAGUGGCGCACCCUGAGAUUCAGCAGUGGAUGGAUGCGCUUCUGCGCAAACGUCGUGCCUUAUGGCAUACGCGUGGCUUAUCGUACAGCGACUCAACGUAG